AUGGUGGGAACUUACGUAGAAGGUGUCGUGCUUGGAACGACGCGUUCGAUUCAACCCAGAAGCGUUCGACUGCUCGUCUACUCGUUGCAUGAUGAUGCAUCAUCAGUUUGGCCAACAUCAGGCGAUACCCCCGGCCGGAAGAUGAGCCUGAAACCCAGGUCUGGCAUGCGGCAUUUAAGCCGUCCAUGUCUUCGUGCGCUCACCUGCUUCUCCGAGAGACGGACGCGAGCUUUGAAGCAGCCGUAUAAGGCCAAAGCCAGCGGUAGAUGGGGCGUCCGGCCAAAUGCAUUCAGUGGCCGGAGUCUGGGACGGUUGAAUUGCUAUCAUCUUGCAACAGUAUGCCAUGCAUCCUCUUCUCCUGCCCAAGUGAUCUACUGGAACUCGGUCUUACCCGACACUCCCAUGCCAAGAGCAAUCAGUGACCUUAUAACCACCGAGGUCGUCGCUGGCGAGAAGGACGCCGCCACCGACACCCAGCUCCACGACGACCCUAAUGUCGCUCUGUUCUUCCUCGAGAAGGACCUCCACCCGGGUGCCAAGAUGAAGCUCCACUUCACCAACACCAUCUCCGGUGCCUCCUUCCUCCGUCGCCGAGCCGCCGACUCCAUCCCCUUCUCAUCCACACGCCUCCGUGAGAUCCUCGACCGCUUCUCCGUAGAGCCUAACUCCGCAGAAGCCGCUGCGAUCAAGCAGACCCUUCGAGACUGCGAGGAGCCAGCGGUGAGGGGAGAGAGGAAGACGUGUGCCACCUCGCUUGAAGCGAUGGUGGAAUUCAGCACGUCAAGCUUGGGGACAAGUAAGGUUAAGGCGGCGUCCACGACGGUGAGCAAGGAGGGAACGCCGGCGCAGGAGUACACGGUCGCUGCGUCGGGAGUGCGAGAGAUGGGCGGGGAGGAGCUGGCGACAUGCCAUGCAGAGCCCUACGCGUACGCCAUAUUCUACUGCCACGCGACGUCGACGAGCAGGGGGUACGAGGUGGACAUGGUGGGGAAGGACGGGACGACGGUGGAGGCGGCCGCGGUGUGCCACACCGACACCACGGCGUGGAACCCGGAACACGUUGCUUUCAAGGUGCUCGACAUAAAGCCUGGGUCGGCGCCCGUCUGCCACUUCCUGCCUCAGGAUCAUGUCGUGUGGAGCCGCAGCGGUUAG